AUGAACUCCUCAAAACCCGUGAUGAGCAGGAAGCAGAAACGACAGGAUAUGAAGAUGAAAUUUAAGAUAGACACGAAUGCGGUUAUUUUGUCGGCGGGUCUGGAGCCAGUAACGGAGCCUGACGACGUUCAACUUCACGAGACAACAGGCAUUGGCUCAGGGUUGAAUAUGGGGGAUCAGUUCGCAGUCUCUUUGCAGGGCAGAACUGCGAUCGAGAGCCAGCAACUUGAAAGCGCGCUGGACAUCAAGGUCGAAAAUUUCAGCAUCUCUGCGCAGGGAAAAGAUUUGUUCAUAAACGCAACGCUGACUAUCGUGGCUGGAAAGCAUUACGGCCUGGUUGGUCCUAACGGAAUGGGGAAAACGACGUUACUGAAGCACAUCGCCAAUAGAAGACUGGAUAUUCCUCCAAACAUCGAUAUACUUUAUUAAAUCGACGUGGACGACACAUCCGCUGUAAACGUCCUUCUAAACUCAGAUAAGGUCCGCUUGAAGUUACUUCAGGAGGAGAAAGAUCUAACGAAAAGGUUGGAACAGGGUGACCUGUCGGUUAGCACCAAGUUAAAAGAAGUUAGCGAUGAACUGAAAUCGAUCGGAGCUGAUGCAGCUGAACCAAGAGCCCGUAGGAUACUAGCCGGUCUUGGCUUCAGUCGUGAAAUGCAGCAAAAGCCGUCAAAGAAUUUUUCCGGUGGCUGGCGUAUGCGCAUUUCUCUCGCGAGGGCCUUGUUUCUUGAGCCAACAUUGCUUCUUCUUGACGAACCGACUAAUCAUCUGGAUUUAAAUGCUGUUAUAUGGCUUGAUAAGUGA